AUGUUUGGCUUCCUUGCAAACCGUUUUCAGAACAACCCUCGUGCGGGAGAGCAGGCCCGCCCGGGAUGGUUCGACCGUCAUUGCACGCCCAUCCUGCUGUCUAUCGCAAAGAAGGCAUGCACGCACCCCGUACACACAAUCGUCACAAUCGCCUUCUUGGCCAGUUACUCAUAUUUGGGCGUGCUGGACAAGGGCUUCCUCGAGCAGAAUGACGCGACUCUCGGACAACUGGAUUUCAACACCCUGUUGGCAGGCAGCAAGAGACUCAGGGUCGGCCAAGAGACGGCAUGGAAGUGGGAGGUUGAAGAACACCAGGGUGCGAAAGUGGAACAGGCGCAGGAGCUUGCUCUAGUAACCCUCGUGUUCCCCGACUCGAGCGCCAUCAACUCCGCACCAUCGCAGAAUGCAGUACCCGCGAACGUCUCGGCGCAGCUGCUCCCGAGCUCCUCUAACUCCUUCUCUACUAUUUCUCACGAUACCUCGCUGGCCUAUGCGAUUCCCUACACUGGGGCAGCCGACUUUCUUAUGGCGAUGCAGGAGAUCUCCGCACCAAAGGAUGCUUCCGAGUCGCACGGUUCCAAGGCCGAGGGCACGCACGAGGAAAAGAAAUGGAUCAUGAAGGCUGCUAAGAGCGGAAACGCUCCAGGCGGCAUUCGUAACUGGGCCCGCGAUUCGUGGACUUCGUUUGUGGACCUUCUCAAGAAUGCGGAUACCGGUGAUAUCAUUAUCAUGGCCAUGGGAUACCUGGCUAUGCACUUGACCUUCGUUUCGCUGUUCCUCGCUAUGCGACGUUUGGGAUCCAACUUUUGGCUCGCGACUGCGGUGCUACUCCAGUCGGCAUUUGCUUUUUUGUUCGCGCUCACCGUGACUACCUACUUCGGCAUUCCCAUUAAUAUGGUCCUUCUCUCCGAGGGCCUUCCCUUUUUGGUCGUAAUCAUCGGAUUUGAAAAGCCCAUUGUCCUGACCAAGGCCGUCUUGUCCGCAUCAUUGGACGCACGGAGAGCUGCCGAGGAACACCGUAGUGAACCAUUUACUAUUCAAUCCGCUGUGCAGACUGCGAUCAAGAAAACCGGCUUCGACAUCGUCCGGGAUUACUUUUUCGAAAUCCUUGUCCUCGUUGCUGGAGCCCUAUCUGGCAUACAGGGAGGAUUGCGCCAAUUCUGCUUCCUUGGCGCGUGGAUUCUGUUCUUCGAUGCGAUCAUGCUCCUGACGUUUUACACCGCUAUACUGACCAUCAAACUUGAGGUCAACCGGAUCAAGCGCCAUGUCGCUCUUCGUCGGGCCUUGGAAGAUGAUGGCGUUGACCGCAGAGUGGCAGAGAAUGUUGCCCUCAACAACGACUGGCCUAGCGCAAGCGACGUGCAGUCCCGAUCUUCGUCCACCACGAUCCUCGGCAAGAAAAUCACUGUCCCGAAAUUUAAAAUUUUCAUGGUCGCUGGAUUCUUCCUGGUCAACAUUCUGAACCUGGCAACGCUACGAUUUGGCCUGACCCACAAGUCUUCCCAUAUCUCCGGUGUCGGCGCUACACCUCCACUCGACCCCUUCAAGGUAGCUGGAAGCGGUCUGGAUGCUAUUUUUGACCAAGCGAAGAAGGCUGCGACUUCCACCAUCGUCACCGUGCUCAUGCCGAUUAAGUAUGAGUUGGAGUACCCUUCGAUCCACUACGCUGAGCCCAGCCUUAACGACGAUGAGAUGACCUUUGGUAACAACAUCAGCACUCAUUUUGUUGAUGGCGUCUUGAAAAGUAUGGAGGAUCCAUUUCUUAGCAAGUGGAUCAUUGUGGCUCUUUUCCUGAGCGUUGUCAUGAACGGCUAUCUCUUCAACGCUGCUCGAUGGACCAUUAAGGAACCCCACAAGCCGCUUGAGCCACCAACCGCAGCCGAGAUCCAGGACGGUACUCCUCCAACGCCUGCACCUGGUAUUCCCAAUCUGCAUAUGCCGACACCACCGAUUACUCCCGGCCCCGAACAACAAGCCGCCCGCGAGAGAAUCCAACCCUUGACCCCACAGCAUGCUCCCGUUCAGCCACAGCUACUUCAGGCUGAAGCCGUCAAAGCGCCGACUGAAGAAGAACAGAAACAGCCAAAUCGACCCAUGGAGUUCCUGGAACAGGCUCUCAAAGAGAAGCGCGCGCCCAGUCUCACUGACGAGGAGCUUGUCGAGCUUGCUGUCAAGGGUAAACUUCCUGGCUAUGCACUGGAGAAGACCCUUGGCGAUAAGACGCGUGCUGUGAAGAUUCGACGUGGUCUUGUGUCCAGAACUCACGCAACCCGCGAGACAUCUACCCUGCUCGAACGAUCGCUUCUUCCGUACAGGGACUACAACUACGAUCUGGUACAUGGUGCUUGCUGCGAGAACGUCAUUGGCUACCUUCCCCUGCCACUUGGUGUCGCUGGACCCAUCAUGAUUGAUGGCCAAAACUAUUUCCUGCCCAUGGCUACGACCGAGGGUGUUUUGGUAGCGUCUACUUCUCGUGGCUCUAAAGCCAUCAAUGCUGGCGGAGGUGUUACUACCGUUGUUACCGCCGACGGUAUGACUCGUGGACCUUGCAUCGGUUUCGACAACCUUACCCGUGCUGGUGCAGCCAAGAUUUGGCUCGAUUCGGAAGAGGGGCAGAGGACAAUGAAGAAUGCCUUCAACUCAACCUCUCGGUUCGCCAGGUUGCAGACCAUGAAGACUGCUAUCGCGGGUACGAACUUAUAUGUCCGCUUCAAGACAACUACUGGCGACGCCAUGGGCAUGAACAUGAUCUCCAAGGGCGUAGAACACGCUCUCACAGUUAUGGCGACCGACUGCGGCUUCGACGAUAUGCGCGUUGUCACUGUGUCUGGUAACUACUGCACUGACAAGAAAGCGGCUGCCAUCAAUUGGAUUGAUGGCCGUGGCAAGGGUGUCGUUGCUGAAGCAGUCAUUCCUGGUCACAUCGUCAAAUCUGUGCUGAAGUGCGAGGUUGAAGAUCUUGUGCAGAUGAACAUCUCGAAAAACUACAUUGGUUCGGCCAUGGCUGGUGCGUUGGGUGGUUUCAAUGCCCACGCUGCCAACAUUGUUGCCGCCAUCUAUCUUGCUACCGGACAGGAUCCCGCGCAGGUCGUUGAGUCCUCCAACUGCAUCACGAUCAUGAACAACGUCAAUGGCAACCUACAAAUUUCCGUCUCCAUGCCUUCAAUAGAAGUGGGCACCAUUGGAGGAGGAACGAUCCUCGAGCCGCAAUCCGCUAUGCUCGACCUUCUGGGUGUCCGCGGAGCUCAUCCAACCUCUCCCGGCGACAACGCACGACAACUAGCUCGCGUCAUUGCUGCUGGUGUGCUAGCCGGUGAACUUUCCCUCAACGCCGCUUUGUGCGCUGGUCACCUGGUCAAAGCACAUAUGGCACACAACCGAAGCAACGUUCCUAGCCGUGCCCCUACGCCUGCACCAUCUACGCCUGCGAAUGGCACACAGACGCCUGUUACGAGUGCAUUGACGGCGAGCUCAAGCGGGCCACUACCCAAGCGGUAG